CUAAACGUCAUAUAAAAGCUGUUCACACUCUCAUAGUGACUUCUUCCUGCGAUGUUGCUGGAGAGUUUUUAAAAUUGUAUACUCAUUUCCCCAAUGCUUGAAAUGGGGAAAGACAAGGCUCUGCUUGUUAUUUAGUGCCAGCAGAUAUUGAGAGGCCGGUACUCUGAAGAGAAAAACAAAGAGUUGCCGGUACUGCAUACCGAAGGUUACUUAAGGGACUGGUGUUAUGGAGUGUUUGCAGAACCAAAAGUAUCGGUGUUGUGUGUUGGUGCUUGUACUCUUCGCAAUAAGGUGGACCAGUGGAGCCAAAGAUGAUGACAAGCCUAACUUUGUCCUUAUAAUGGUUGAUGAUUUGGGCAUAGGGGACGUUGGAUGCUAUGGGAAUGACACCAUCAGGACCCCUAACAUUGACCGGCUGGCUCAGGAGGGGGUGAAGCUGACUCAGCACAUUGCUGCCGCUCCCCUCUGCACCCCCAGCAGAACAGCCUUCCUGACAGGACGAUACGCUCUGCGGUCAGGCCUGGGCAGUACUGGACGUGUGCAGGUCAUUAUGUUCCUGGGUGGAGCAGGGGGUCUUCCUUCCAACGAGACCACGUUCGCCAAGAUCCUACAGAAACAGGGUUACACUACAGGGAUUGUAGGAAAAUGGCACCUUGGUGUGAACUGUGAGAGCAGGAAUGACCACUGCCACCACCCUAACAACCAUGGAUUUGACUACUACUACGGCCUUCCCUUUACAAAUUUUAAUGACUGCAAACCGGGUGAGGGCACAGUUCUGUUGGCCGACCUGCAGGUGGUGCUGUGGAAUGUAUCAAUGUUGCUGGGUCUGGCCAUCCUCACUCUGGAAGGAGUGUGGCUCCUUGGCCUCCUGGAGGUCAACCAGAAGCUGGUCGUCAUGCUCAUGCUCAUCUGCUUCCUGGCACUGGCGGUCUGGUACGUGCCCUUUAAACAUCUGCAGACCUGGAACUGCAUCAUCAUGAGGAACGAGCUGGUGGUUGAGCAGCCAAUCAUCCUAGACACUCUGACACACCGCAUUGUGAAUGAGGCUGAGCAGUUUCUGGAAAGGUAUCACACCAGAAACCAGCAGAACCCCUUUCUUCUGUUCCUGUCUCUGGUGCACGUUCACACGCCACUGUUUAUGUCCGAAAGCUUUGUGGGGAAGAGCAAACAUGGACUUUAUGGUGACAAUGUGGAAGAAGCCGAUUGGAUGAUAGGUAGAAUUGUGGAAACUGUUGAGAAACUUAACCUCUCCAGGAAGACGCUAAUAUAUUUCACCUCUGACCAUGGAGGACAUAUAGAGGUCUCAGAUCGCCGUGGCCAAAGUGGAGGCUGGAAUGGCAUUUACAAAGGAGGCAAAGCUAUGGGCGGCUGGGAAGGCGGGAUCCGCGUGCCGGGCCUCUUCCGCUGGCCGGGCCGGUUGCCUGCCGGAGGGGUGAUCGAUGAGCCUACCAGCCUCAUGGACGUCUUUCCUACUGUGGUCGGCCUGGCAGGGGGGGAGCUACCAAGAGACAGAGUCCUGGACGGCCACGACCUGAUGCCCCUGAUGGAAGGGCAAGCCCGGAGAUCCAAGCACGAGUUCAUGUUCCACUACUGCGGCGUAUAUCUGAACGCCGUGCGCUGGCACCCCCCAGACAGUGAUGCGGUUUUCAAAGUUCACUUCUUCACGCCCAACUUUUGGCCCUCGGGGGCUGGAGGCUGCUACGACACCAAGCUCUGCUUAUGUCACGAGGGCUUUGUCACCCAGCACACCCCCCCACUGCUGUUCGACUUGGCCCAGGACCCAUCUGAGAGCAGGCCCCUGACGCCGGACCUGGAGCCCCGCUACGCAGAGGUGCUGGAGAGGGUCCGGUUGGCGGUAGAGGAACACGGCCGAACACUCAGUCCGGUCCCCAACCAGCUGACCUGGCGCAACGUGCUGUGGAGGCCCUGGCUGCAGCCCUGUUGUGGAACCUUCCCGUUCUGCUCUUGCUCGGAGCCCAAUGUCACCAUGACACGAGGCUCCUGAGGAACCCAACUGGCACGGGGAUCUUCACGAACCCAGCAUCACUGUGCUAUGGGGCUUCUGAGGAACCAAACAUCAUCCCAGUGGAGGGCUCCUAAGGAACCCAGUGUCACCACAGCACAGGGCUUCUGAGGAUCCCAGGGUCAGUGUGGCGCAGGGCUCCAGGAACCCAACAGCCACGGUGCUCUUGAGAAACCCGGCGUCACUGCUACACUGGCCUCCUAAGGAACCCAAUGGAACCGCGGUGACACAAAGCUGGGGAUGCUGGGGAUGGGAUGAUUCCCCAAAAUGAGAAUGCAUUUUCAAAACUGUUAGCUCAGACAUGCCUAGACGGUACAAGACGGGUUCUUGGUGUCAGCAGGCUGUUAAUGGUAAGCAAAUCUGCUUCAACAGAAAAAAGGAUCACAGUACAAAUUAAACAAGAAUAAGAAGUACGCUAGUUCAGAAUUAAAAUAUGGCUGCUUUUGACAAUUGUUACAUUUUUGCUGUCAGUGUUUUUGUGAGAUUCUUCACAGAGAUGUUGAAAUCAUAUUCUUUGCCUAGUUAUUCAGUCUUUCUCCAGAAACGGUAGAAACUACUGUAAGCCCUACAUUCCACAUGGUGGCACUAUUUACCCAUAAAAAUGCACAUUUAUUUUGUCUGCUUAGUAUUCAUUUGUGGUUUUAAAGACGAUGAUGCACACCUUUUCUCAAGGACAAGCUGAGCUUGUAUUAUAGCUAAUGUCUGUUGAAUAUUUUGUGCAUAUUCUUAAUUUAGUCAAUUACUCACUGUUCUCUUUAGUGUGCUUGAAUGGUCUACUUAUAUUUAAUGUAUUUACAUAGCAAGGUCUCAUAAGUGGUGGAUUUUGGGGUCGUACAUGAAAAUUCAGAUUGGUAAUAACCUUUAAAAUAUAGCUUGGUGAAGUCUGCACUCCUAGCUAAGCUUAAGCCGGGAACCAUAGAGAGGACAGUUAAUGUAGCACAACUGUUUCUGUCCAUUUUUAAGCUCCAGUCUGAUUGCAGAAUCUAGAAGCUUGUCUGUUGUUGGUUAUUAACGAACAUGUUUGCAAGAAUAAUAAAUUGACAAGGAGUCACCCAGCCGCCAUGAGGGAGGUGACAGCAACUGGA